AUCUGUGGCCUCUUUGGCUUUCCAUAUCCCUCUUCCCCAUGUGCGCUCUUCAGUAGGAGGGGUGUCGCGGUGAUGCUGAGUUGAACAGCGCUUUUCCGUUACUCCACCUGCAGUCGGAGCGCGAGACGAGCCACAACGCGACUCUCUUUCCAUCUCUUUCACAAAUCUUAACGGAGGAAUUACCGGCGGUUAGAGAGGAACUGCUUGAGUCGGUGCCGAAAAUGAAAGUCGGCUUCGUUCUUCCUCUGGCGUGCGCUUUAGCCCUGAAAAGCUCACUGGACACUGCUGGAAGUCUGACUGUGGAUCCAUGUAGACUCGGAUUCUCCCAGAACUUCUACACUGUGUUUAUCCCACAGGAAUGGCUGCAGGGUCAUACCGUUGUCAAAGGCACCAUGCUGUCAUCAGGUCAAGUGAAGUUCGAGGCUUGUCAUACGAACGAGCGGAUCAGCUUCGAGAGCAGCGACCCCAAAUUCGGCGUCCGUCCGGACGGCUCUGUGUACGCCGAGCGAGACUUGAUGCACAUGUCCGAGCCUGUACAGUUCGUGGUGACGGCUCAGGGAAGCAAAGACAUGCCGAGCUGGAAGACGAUUAUUAAACUGGUAAUCACCAGACACCCACGUCCUCCCCUCAUAAACCAGAUUGUUGACCAGGCCAAUUCACAGGCCCAUCACAACCGCUACCACAAUCUGAGUCAACUCCAGGGAGGAUUUUCCACCAAUGGUCUCCACUGGCAAAAGCGAGACUGGAUCAUUCCACCCAUCAGUGCACCUGAAAACUCCAGGAGAGCCUUUCCACUAUUUCUUGCCAGGGGGAAUGCUGGAGGCCCGACGGUGGAUCCAUGCAGACCCGGAUUCUCCCAGAACUUCUACACCGUCUUUAUCCCACGGGAGCAGCUGCAGGGCCAGAGCAUUGUCAAAGGCACCCUGCUGUCGUCUGCUCGAGUGAUGUUCGAGGCUUGUCAUCUGAACGAGCGGAUCAGCUUCGAGAGCAGCGACCCCAAAUUCGGCGUCCGUCCGGACGGAUCUCUGUACGUAGAGCAAGACGUGAUGAACCUGUCCGAGCCUAUCCAGUUCAUGGUGACGGCUCAGGGGAGCAAAGACACGCAGAUUUGGGAGACGACGGUUAAACUGGCCAUCGCCGGACACCCACUUCCUCCCCUCAUAAACCAGAUUGGUGAUGAAACUGGUUACCACUCAAGAUCCCACCACAAUCACUACUCCAAUCCCAGAGUCAUCAUGUUCCCACGUCGACACCAACGAGGCUCCUCCACCAAUGGGCUGCGCCGUCAGAAGAGAGACUGGGUCAUUCCUCCCAUCAAUGUGCCCGAGAACUCUAGAGGACCCUUUCCACAAAUGCUCGUCAGGAUCCGCUCGGACCAGGAUAAAGAGAUUGAAAUCCGGUACAGCAUAACGGGAGCCGGUGCUGAUCAGCCACCCAGUGAUGUCUACAUCAUUGACCCCAUCACCGGGAAAAUGUCCGUCACCAAGCCGCUGGACAGAGAAGACCGAGCCUCCUACCAUCUGAGAGCUCAUGCAGUGGACGUUAACGGAAAUCAGAUGGAGCCUCCGAUUGAUCUGUACAUUUACGUCAUCGAUAUGAAUGACAACAGACCUGAGUUUCAGAACCAGGUCUAUAAUGGAUCUGUUCCCGAGGUCUCCAAACCAGGCACGUCAGUGAUGCGCGUGACUGCGAUCGACGCUGACGACAGCACGAUGCCCAAUGGCCUGGUGCACUACAGGAUCCUGAACCAGAGUCCACACAUCCCCAUUCCCAACAUGUUUACCAUCAACGGAGCUACGGGCGAGAUCAGCACCAUCGCAGCAGGCCUGGACAGAGAGAAAGUGUCUCAGUACACGCUGAUCGUGCAGGCCACAGACAUGGAGGGCAGCCUGAACUUCGGCCUCUCCAACACGGCGACGGCUCUCAUCACCGUCACCGACAUCAACGACAACCCUCCAGAGCUCGACGCCAAAACGUUCUUAGGCGAGGUGCCGGAGAAUGCAGUGGGUGUAGUGGUGGCCAAUCUGACCGUGCGAGACAGAGACCAGCCUCACACACCCAACUGGAACGCAGUUUACAGGAUAGUGGGCGGAGACUCCAUGGGUCACUUCACCAUCCGCACUGAUGAACUCACCAAUGAUGGCAGAGUCACAGUAGUCAAGCCAGUGGACUAUGAAAGGAAUGGCGCCUUCAUGUUGACCGUGGUGGUAUCUAAUCAGGCCCAUCUGGCCAGUGGCAUCCCGUCGUCUCUCUCGUCCACGGCGGGCGUCACCAUCUCUGUACUGGAUGUGAACGAGGCUCCCGUCUUCCCCUCCAACCCCAAAGUAAUCCGUUUUGAGGAGGGAGUUCCUGCCGAUACCACGCUCACCAUAUUCGCUGCUCAGGAUCCAGACCGCUUCAUUCAACAGACUGUCAGGUACUCUAAGCUGUCCGAUCCUGGAAACUGGCUCCGAAUCAACAGGACAAAUGGCCAGAUCAUGACGACAGCCAUACUGGACCGGGAAUCGCCUUACGUGAAAAAUAACGUGUAUGAAGCGAGUUUUCUGGCUGUAGAUAACGGGUCUCCUCCUGCGACAGGAACAGGCACUCUGCAGAUCUAUCUGAUAGAUGUAAAUGAUAAUGUACCAGUGCUGGUGCCCAGAGAGUCCCAGCUGUGCGAGAGGUCACGGCCCAGCUCCAGGAUCAACAUCACGGCUUCGGAUGCUGAUGUUGAGCCCAAUGCCGGUCCAUAUGUCUUCGAGCUACCCUCGUUCCCUCCCUCUGUUCGCCGCAACUGGACCAUCUCACGUCUGAAUGGUGAAUACGCUCAGCUCAGGCUGAGAAUUCCAUACCUGGAAGCAGGUGUGUAUCGUGUGCCCAUCCUGGUCUCAGACUCGGGCAACCCUCCCUUAACAAACCGCUCCAUCAUCAGGGUGAAGGUGUGUCCCUGUGAUGAGCAUGGAGAUUGUACUUCACUUGGAGCAGUGGCAUCUGCAAGCCUGGGCACGGGUGCCAUCAUCGCCAUCCUCAUCUGUAUCAUUAUCCUGCUCAGCAUGGUGCUGUUUUUUGUGGUGUGGAUGAAGCGCAGAGAGAAGGAGCGCCAGGCCAAACCUCUUCUCAUUGACCCGGAGGAUGACGUUAGGGACAACAUAUUGAAAUAUGAUGAGGAGGGAGGAGGAGAGGAAGAUCAGGACUAUGACCUGAGCCAGCUGCAGCAGCCAGAGACUCUUGAGCACAUCAUGAGCAAGCCAGGGGGAGUGAGGAGAGUUGACGAGAGGCCAGUCAUCCCGGAGUCCCAGUACCCAAUACGGCCCAGCAUACCUCAUCCUGAAGACAUUGGAGAGUUUAUCACUGAUGGGCUGCGAGCAGCGGAUAAUGACCCGACGGCUCCACCAUACGACUCUCUACUCGUGUUUGAUUAUGAGGGCAGUGGCUCGACAGCUGGCUCGGUCAGCUCGCUCGACACUUCCAGUUCAGAAGAGCAAGACUAUGACUACCUCAACGACUGGGGGCCGCGCUUUAAAAAACUGGCCGACCUCUACGGCGGUGGGGACGACUGAGGGUGGAGCUCCAGGGAUGAGAGAGGGGCCAAGGGGAGGAGCCCGCAGGAGCAAGUCAGCAUCUCGGUUCGUUUCACCGAAGAGCCAUAGGAGCCUGAGAAUUCCUGCACAAGACACUCUGUAAUGCGGAGGGAGUUUUUUUUUAAAAAAGGGACCAUUGCUGCUUUGUGCAAGUGUGUUUCUCUCCGUCUUUUUUUUCCCCCUAUGCGCUGGCAAGUUCGUCAUCGUGAAUUUUGCUUUGGCUGUCUGGAGAGUUGCGACAGUCCUGGUACAAGAGAUUAAGUACUUCAUGACCUCUGAAAUAGAAAACAAGGUCUGCGCUCUAUCUCCGUCUGUGUCGUUUCAGCUCUUAAGAGAGCAGGACGAAUUUAUCCAUUCUCUCAACUUGAAUUUUAUUUGAUAAGCACUGUCAUUGCUCAAGUGCCUUUUCGUGGUGUUUUUUGUACCAGAGACUCCUCAGGGUCAGCUGCUGUUUUAUGCCCAUGUUCAUUGCAGCGGUACACUCCCUCAUUCUCUUGGUCCCUCUCCUCCACGUUUGCUCGUCCUCUGCUAAUGGUGCAGGAAAAAAAAACUUGACCAUGGAGAUGAAAGACAAUAUCCUCUAUUAGCAGAUGUGCUUUAAAAAAAAAAAAAGACUACAAAAAGGGACACGUCUAAUUUUUUGGGAUCAGACAUACGGGACAUUGGUGACCCCGUUUAGAAGUUUAAAUUUGUGGUCGCAAUUACAAGACCAGCCAGUAUACCAAGCAACAGCUAAAGGUGAUGAAGUGACAGAUUUUGUGAACUUUUUUUUUCAAAAGAACCAAAAAGAAAAACUGAAGGAAAAAAAACAAACAAAAAGAGAGACAAAAAAAAAAUAAUGUAGAAUGCCUUUUCGCUUAGACACUUGCCUGCCUUGUUUUUGCGCUGCUUUCUAAUUCGUCUCAGUCCGAGCAGACAAGCAGUCAGUCUGAGACUGCCAGCCAGAGUGGCAUCUGCACUUAAAGGACUGCAUCAUGGGAGGAGCGCGUUAUUCGUCUUGAACAUUCCCCUUGUCAAGGUUUAUCAAUUGAUCAGACUUGUACAUGCAUGAUUUCUCUCAAGAGCGGUGUCUCUAAUCAGCCGCACUUGUUCCUUGUGGUCAGAAUGUGAAAAGUAGUUGGCAACGAACAUACGAUAUACAGAACAAGUAUAACCUGUAUAGUUAAAAAAAGAAAAAAAAAAAGA